AUGUCAAAUCAGGCCCGAGGAAACUGGUCCAACCGACUGGAAUUUCUGUUUUCGUGUAUUGGAGUCACUGUUGGACUCGGAAACAUCUGGAGGUUUCCUUAUAUCUGUUACAAAAAUGGCGGAGGUGCCUUCCUCCUUCCGUAUUUCCUGUUUUUGUUUCUGAUUGGCACGCCGUGUGUUUUCCUACAGUUUUCCUAUGCGCAAUACUCAAAUAUCGGACCGGGAAAAAUUUGGGAAUGUUGUCCGUUGUUUAGAGGCGUUGGCUACGGAAUGAUGACCCAGACGUUUAUAGUUGGAAUGUAUUAUGCAGCCAUCUUGUCUUGGAUACUCUAUUAUUUUGGAAACUCUUUUUCAUCCACCACCCCCUGGGCAACGUGUGGUAAUGAAUGGAAUACCGAAGUGUGUUUCACUAGAACCCAGAUGAAUGCAAACGGAAUCGGAAACAGUACCAUUUCGAUAAACAACACAACUUAUGAUGUCAAUGGCUACAUGAACAUUACACGGAGAACUUCAGCUGAAGAGUUUUGGGAGAACAAUGUUCUUCAACUGACUGAAGGUAUCCAAACACUAGGAACGAUUCGCUGGGAAUUAUUUAUUGGGGUAAUAGCCAUAUCCAUCGUCGUCUUUCUUUGUCUUAUCAAAGGAAUUCACUCCUCAGCAAAGGUGAUGUACGUGAUGGCAACAAUUCCUUACGUGUUCCUCACAGCUUUGUUGGUCCGGGGUCUUACACUCCCAGGGUCCUUACAGGGACUCAAGUACUACAUGGUGCCCAGAUGGGAGGAACUCCUCAAACUAUCAGUUUGGGUGGAUGCCGCCGCACAGACAUUCUACUCACUAGGUCUAUCUUCUGGAGCUUUGAUCGUAUUGGCCAGCCACAACAAUUUCCACAACAACAUCUAUAGGGAUGCUAUUAUAAUCCCGAUGUUUGAUGCCUUCACCAGCUGGUUCGCUGGAUGCGUCAUAUUUGUAACACUCGGAUAUAUGGCACAGGAGGCCAACCUGCCAAUGGAAGAUGUAGUGGAUCAGGGUAUUGGAGUGGCAUUCAUAGUAUACCCCGAGGCCUUGUCUACUCUGCAGCUCCCUCAACUUUGGUCUGCUCUCUUCUUCCUUAUGUUGUUUACAGUUGGGUUGGACUCGCAGAUUGUUCACAUCCAAAUCCUGUACACAGGACUAACAGACAAAUGGCCGAGUACAUUCGGCCGUCAUGGAGUAUUGACUCUAGCUGUCAUUCUAGUGAUGUCCGUGGUAUGCGGUAUAGUAUUCGUCACGCAGCGUACACGUUAA